AUGGAGCAGUACCAGGACGAGGAAGAGAGACGUGUGCAGAGAAUGACUUACACGCACUUUAGAAGGGUACAUAUGUCAUUUGUGAGGAGCUGUUGGUCAUUCUCAGCAAUUGGUGCUGUGCAAGGAAUUAAUAAGAUAGUGAUUGGCGAACUGAUUUCAUUAUCAGAACAAGAAUUGGUGGGUUGUGAUACAGGAUAUAACAUGGGAUGCAAUGGAGGACUUAUGGACUAUGCAUUUGAGUUCAUCAUCAACAAUGGAGACAUCGAUUCCGAGGAGGAUUACCCUUACCGUGCUGUUGAUGGUAUAUGUGACCAGUAUAGGAAAAAUGUCAAAGUUGUUUCUAUUGAUUCUUAUAAAGAUGUUAAUUCCUAUGAUGAGUCAGCAUUGAAAAAGGCCGUUGCAAAUCAGCCCGUGAGUGUUGCUAUUGAAAGAGGAGGAAGGGAAUUUCAACUUUGUUCAUCUGGUGUCUUCUCUAGAAGAUGUGGAACAACACUAGAUCAUGGUGUUGUGGUUGUUGAGUAUGGUACAGAAAACGAUCAUGAUUAUUGGAUUAUGAGGAAUUCAUGGGGUGCUGAUUGGGGAGAGGAAGGAUACAUCAGAAUAGAAAGAAAUCUGGGUAACAGCAGAUCAGGAAAGUGUGGAAUUGCGAUCGAGCCAUCUUAUCCCGUUAAGAGUACUAGUACAAAAAUCAUAUUUUAUGACGUACAAAAACGAACUAUGUACAAAAGUUUAGUUUCACUGGCCUGCUCCUGUGUGUUCCGCAUAAUGUCCAUAUCAACGGAUGAGUUUUAUGGGUUAAGAAUCAGGGGGAAAGAUGUCUGUGUUGGUUAUUGUGGUAUAUGGAUGAUGCAUCAACCAGGGGAGGAUGUUUUGUUGGUCUGUAACAUUGAAGCUAGUCGGUAG